CGGCCGCCAGAAAUCAACAUCGACGGAUAUGACGACGAUGGAGCUGAGCGAAGUCGACAAGCUGCUCGCAGAGGACAGCGAUGGUGAAGACAUGAUUGAUGUGAACGAUCUGGAGGCGACACUGACGCUGGAAGAGAUCCUCAACGAAGACUUGGAGGCGACGUCGUUGGCACAGGUGUCUACGACUGCGACUUCAACCGUGACCGUGCCGACGGAAAAUCCAUUGCUGCACCGAACGCUAUCGUCUCGAUCGCGAGUGUCGAUGCACAAACCGUCAACGAACGCUUCGACGAGCAAUUCGUUGAAAACCCCGCUGGAUGUGGCCAAGUCGUUGGAAGAGAUUCUGCUAGAGCCGCCUCGCGAGAUGCUCGUGAGUCCCCUUGCCGUGAAGCGACGAAUGCGUUCGAACAAUCACUAUUCGUCCGUGAUCAUGCAACAACGAAAGAAGGACAAGACGCACCAUCAUGGCGGCAGCGCGGGGGUCGUCAAGGUCGAACCGAUGCAAAUCAUUUCGAAGCAGCUCGUCAAGAACGCCGAGUUUCGAGACAACGGCCCGGGGAGCCCGACCGUCGUGGCGAUUCACCCCAAGUUCAUCGCGAUUGGGACGAGCAAGAGUUUGGUCUUGGUGUUCGACCAUUUUCAGAACAUCCGGCAUGUCCUCCGCAACACGGCAUCGUUUCAAGAAGGCAGCAGUGAGCCGUACAGCGAUGGCCCCGUGACAGCGAUAGACGUAUCUCCCGGAAGUGACUUCUUGGUCUGCGGGUAUCACAGCGGCCGCAUCGUGCUGUGGGACAUGCUCAAAGGCACAGCGCUCAAAGUUGUGUCGGACGCGCACGAGUGCCCUGUCGUAUCGCUACUAUUUCUGAAGGACCAGAAGCCGUGCAUUCUGUCCGUCGAUGCCAACGGUAUUGCGAACAAGGUCAACUUUAGCAAGAUGAUGGGGUAUGUCUACGUGGUGGACGUGGACCCCAUCUACGAUGGCUCGGCGGGCAAGAUCCUGAGCGUCGCCAUCCUUGCCCAAAGCGCAGGUCACAUGAAAAUCGCGCACAUCACCGACGUGUACAGCAUCGCGGCCAUCUCCACCGACAAGGUUACAUUCUUGGUCGCGAUUGAGCCCGAGGUGAAGGUGUUGCAUCGUUGGUUCAAGCCAGAGGGCGUGACGGUCGACAAUUUGCCGUCACUUGCGUUUGCAUGGGUCGCGCUGCCUGGAAGCUCUCGCCAUGACACGCCGACGCCGAUUCUCGCGCGAGGCUGGGGCCGCCAUAUUCAAUUCCUUGAAGUGCUUUUUUGCCCGCGUCAUGUCCAUGCCAAAGAUGGAUGGCCGACGUUUGCUGAGACGGCGCCACUCGACACGUCCGCCGACGUGGUCGCGACCCAAUGGCUCGGCGACCACGUGAUCAUGUACUUGAACUUUCACGAUGAACUGUGUGUGUACGACACGAUGAGCCGACAAGAACUGGAAACGAUCGACGUCAGCAGCAUGGGGCUCGUGUACGCGUCGUAUCGAGGCAACAACGGGCGCAGCUUUGCCAACAGCUUUCGCGCGUGCAAUGACAUGUUGUACCUGCUCGGGUUGAAGGAACUGCACACGGCGCGUGUGCAGCCGUGGACGCAACGCAUCGACACGCUGAUUGAAGACGGCGAGUGGCUCGAAGGACUCGGGCUCGCGUUGGAUCACUACGAAGGCUUGCACAAAGCCGCCCAGACCCGCGCCGAACGCGACCGGUUUCCUCCCGUUUUUUUCACUGAUCGCAACAAAGAUCAAUGCGUCGUGGACAUCUUCAAGAUGUCGCAAACGAACCAGCGCACGGGAGACAAGGAAGACGUGUUUCGACAUGAGGACCAUGCCAACGAAGAACCGCGAUGGUGCGUGGGGGAGUCGCCGUACCCAGCAGAUGUCUCGAAGCGGCUGGAAGCAGCAUUUCAAACGGCGCGAUCUGGGGCGCCGCCAAAGAAUUUUGUUCCAAUUGGGGUCGCGGAUCGCAUGGCGGAUUUACUGAUGGACUACGUCCGUCUCGCGAUGGGCCAUGCCCCGUCGACGUCGCUCAACCUUUCGCAUUUUCAAAUGCUGGCGGGGGUCGCGAUCGAGUAUUGCGCGUCGACGAACCGCACGGACUUGCUUUUUGCCGAAAUCUUCAAGCGAUUCCAAGAGGCUGACAAGGCUGAGAUCUUUGUCAGCUUGCUCGCGCCAUAUAUUUUGCACGACCAACUGCAUGUGCUCAGCGCCGCUGUCUUGGACGUGUUUGUGUCGUACUGCUUGAAAACCAACCAAAUGGACACGGUGGAAAAAGCCCUUCUUCACAUGCACGUGAAUGAGCUCGAUUUUGACAAAGUCAUUGCGGUGUGCCACACGCAUCACUUGUACACGGCGCUCAUUUAUAUGUACAACGAAGCGCGCAACGAUUUCACGACGCCGGUCCAAGUGCUGUUGGCCGCGUCGGCGUCGGCAUCGAUGGGACCUGGUGGUGCGAGCGGGGCCGCACUGGCGCUGGUCGACGGGGCGUCCGAGGAAGGUCGAUUGAAGCGCAAGUGGGCGUAUAAGCUCCUUCUCUACCUGAGCUACUGCUUUGACGGCCGUUCGUUUCCACGGCGUCACCCAGUGUCUGUCAAGCGCAUGCAGACUAUGGUUGCAACGUUGACGCAGUACUUGUUUGAAAAGCAUCCAAAAGACAACGCUAUGGCGAGUGGAGGCGACGACAACGCUGUCGCGACGGAUUCGAUCCCAUACCCCCGCUUGAUUCCUUUGCUGCAACUCGAUACCAAGGUGUUUUUGGACAUGAUUGCCCGCCUCUUUGACGCUCCCAACGUCGAGUUUGAAGGGGAAACCAUCUCGAGCAACACGUCGAGGUACGCCACGGCGCCGCUGCGGUGCCCUCCACGACUGACCAUGGUGCUGAGCCUGGCCGAGGUGCUGGUCGGCGACUCCAAGUCGACCAGUGCAGCAGCGCCUCAGCAAUUUCCCACAAGUCGAUUCUUCUCCAGUGCGGACCAAGGCCACUUUUACAUGUUUGAAGCGCGGCUGUUCAGUGGUGGCGCCAUCGACGCCCAAGCGUAUGCGACUGCCCGCAGCGUGUCCAGCACCCAGUACAUGAUGAACUCGCUCAUGACGUUCUUGGCCACGGGGCCACAAGCUCUCGGUCCCGUCCAAACUUCGUUUGAGGAAGAAGGGUUCGACAAAGCCGGUCGACAGGUCAUGCUGGUGCGGCUUUUGCAAAAACUGUCCAAGGACUCGUACGACCAAGCGACGUUGCUCAAGUCGGUGCUUAAAGAGGGCAUGAACCGCGCGGCGGUGCUGCUGCACAAGGACCGCAACGAGUUUAGCGAGACAAUCUCGGCCUACUUGGCUGACACGGACCGCGAGUACAAGAUGGGGGUGUUUUCGUAUAUUCGCAAUGAAAAGGACAAGGUAUCAGGGGGGACUGACGGCGACGGGACAACAAUGGCGUCGACCAGUUUAUUGGAAAGCUCCAACACGAUCGAAACGGGCAUCAUCAACCACGCGGGCGGCCUUCUCGACGUCGACGCGACGGCGUUUGUCGUGCUCAUUCUGGAAAACUUUCCGUCGCUGAACAACCGGAUCAUCCAGAAAUUCGUCCAAGUCGGCGGCAAGCUCGGCGCCAAAUGGGAGUACAACUACUUGUGCCAGAUCCUUGGCAGUGGCGCGGAAGGCACGGGCGAAGACGUCGACAUGAUCAAGGACUUGACCGAGAAGAACGGGUUGCGGAUGGCCGACGACGCCGCCGUCCAAGAGCGAUACAUCAAAUUGCUGUGCGAAUUUGACCCUCCUCAAGUGUUCCCGUAUUUGGCAAACCACCAAGCGUACCGAGUGGAUUCGUGCCUGAAGCUGUGCAAAGAAUACAACAUCACAGAUGCUGAGGCAUACUUGUUGGAGCGCACGGGGGACGUGACAGGGGCGUUGAGUUUGAUUUUAGCGGGCUUGGAAAAGAAGAUCGGAUUGCUUCGCCCCGCCCUCCGUGGGUUCAACCUCAAUCCGGAGCUUCAAUCUACCAGCACGAUGCAGUACGAAAGCAGCAUCCUCCAAAGCCUCGUCGAGGGCCAAGAGGUCAAGUCCACCUUGGAUGUGGCGAUUGCCAUGUGCGAACGCCAUUCCGCCCGUCACCGCGACGACCAAAGUGAGAAACUGUGGUUUACGCUCCUCGAUAUGUGCUUGAAGGUGCAAAACACGGUCAAGAAACAAAUGCAGUCCAAGACCAAAGGGCGCACAGCGACUCGUGGUGCCCAGACCGUGUUCCAGAUUGCCGUGAAUGAAAUGAUUGCGAUGAUCCUGGAACGCAUGAGUUCGUGUGUGUCGCUGCAGUCGAUUUUGUUCAAGAUCACCAACGAGCACGGGAACGACGAGUUUGGUGAUUUUCGACCGACCAUUUUUGGCAUGUUGGACACGUACAACUACGAACACAACAUUUACAAGACAGCGAACGGCAUGAUUCGAACGGACUUGCACGACCAAGUGAUGGUGCUGCGACGCGCCCAAGCCAAGUGCAUUGCCCCGGCCUCGAUCGAGUGCUUUUACUGCCACUGCGUCCUGAGUAAGCCGCCGUUCGGCAUGAGCCAACAGUACAACUCCAAGGAAAAAUGGAAUCGGCACACGUCGUCGGUGCUUGUCAUGGCGACUGGCAAAACGUUCCACGAAGCGUGCGGGAAGAUGUGGCAGCAGGAGCUCAACAGCGACAAGGAGCGACCUGACCAGAACCGACGCCGGUUGAGUGAAGCGACCCAAGAAGACGGCGACGACCUUGACCUGGAGAAAAUCAAAGUGAACAAGCAAGGGAGCACACGGCGGUACUUGCUUCGCUUGAAAAAGAUGCGCAAGCACGCGGGUCGGGUCACUUCUAUGCACCACGUCCUCGACAGCUUGGCGCGGUCCGAGUUUGCCAAGAACAAGUUGCUCCGAGGCAAUAUGGCGACGUUCUCGCUGAAGCCAGCAUCUAACCCGAAGACUGUUCGCGUCGGCACCCGUCAGCCGAACCAACUGCCCGUGAAAGCCAACCACAAGGGCGCCAUUUAGACCUCGAGCCGUCGUGUUGAGGUUUGGAGUCGGGCUCAACUAAAAGUAUGCG